AUGGUUUUUGCUGCUUUGAUUGUGUUAACUUUUACCAAGGCCUCUCUUGGUUCUGGAUAUUUUGAACUGCAAAUUUUGUCAGUUUGGAAUGCUGCUGGUGAAUUGGAAAACGGGGAUUGUUGUGACGGGGUCCCUGAUCCGGACGGAUCGUGCACGCAAGACUCGUGUGAUACGCAAGUCUCAGUUUGUUUGAAGGAAUUCCAAUCGUCAGUAACUAGAGAUGGACCUUGUACAUUCGGAAAAGCACACAGUCAAAUAUUAGGAGGCAAUUCAUUUACUCUUCCGGCAGAGGACGCUGCGGCCCGUUUAAAAUUGUCAUUCGAGUUUCGGUGGAUGACUUUUUGUACAUUAAUAUUGAAAAUACUGGACAAUGAUAACACCUCUACGUCAGCCAGGGAAGAAUUAAUUGAUACUGCAACUCAUUCAGGAUCACUAAAACCUGGAUCAGGUUGGCAAACCUUAAACUCUCCAGGAACUGUGGCACAAGUAGCAUAUAAAAUACGGAUAAUGUGUGAUGAAUACUACUAUAGCACAGAUUGUAUGACAUUUUGUAAACCACGUGAUGAUGACUUUGGACAUUAUACUUGUGAUUCCAAUGGAAAUAAACUCUGUAAUACAGGAUGGAGUGGAACAAAUUGUGAUAAAGCUAUUUGCAGACAAGGCUGCCAUUCACUUCAUGGAAAAUGUGAUCAACCAAAUGACUGCAGUUGUCAUUUUGGUUGGCAAGGUGAACUCUGUGAUAGAUGUCGACUAUAUCCAGGUUGUCAACAUGGUACAUGUGAAAGUCCCUGGCAGUGUAACUGCACUCUUAAUUGGGGUGGAAUGCUAUGUAAUAAAGACCUGAAUCCUUGUGGUACCCAGCAGCCUUGUUUGAAUGGUGGAACAUGUUCAAAUACUGAACCAGAACUGUAUAAUUGUGAUUGUCUAGAGGGCUAUUCAGGAAGAAACUGUGAGAUAGCUGAACAUGCCUGCGCAUCAAAUCCAUGUUUCAAUAGUGCUACAUGUAUAGAAUCAAAUGGAGAAUUUCAUUGUAUCUGCUCGCCUGGUUGGACUGGAGUUACUUGUACAGAUAAUAUUGAUGACUGCACAGAUAGCCCAUGUUUGAAUGGUGGUACUUGUAGUGAUGGAAUUAAUGGAUUUCAGUGUUUAUGUUUACCUGGAUGGAAUGGUGCUAAUUGUGCUUUGGAUCAAAAUGAAUGUCAAGGCAGUCCAUGUGUACAUGCAUUCAAUUGUCGAAAUCUUGUAGGCGACUACAUCUGUGACUGUCAACCAGGAUGGACAGGCAAGAAUUGUGAUCACAAUGCGAAUGAUUGCAAUGGACAAUGUCAGAAUGGCGCUACUUGUUUAGACCUUGUGAACGACUACCUAUGUGCUUGUUUAGCUGGAUUUACUGGUACAGAUUGCGAGAUUAAUGUGAAUGAGUGUGCAAGCAAUCCUUGUCAUAAUGGUGCAAUGUGUGAAGAUCGAGUUAAUAGUUAUUAUUGUAUUUGCCCUAGAGGUUACUCAGGUCAUCAGUGCCAGAUUGACAUCAACUUUUGUGACCCAAAUCCUUGUAUGAAUGGUGCCAGUUGUUAUGUUGUAUCUGGUGACUAUUAUUGUGCAUGUACAGAAAACUAUCAAGGAAAGAAUUGCAGUCAAUUAAAACCGGUGUGUUCAUCACCAUCAUGUGAAACACCAGUGGAUCAAUGUACAAUAUCAGUGGCAUCGAAUGCUAGCAUAGGUGGUGUGAAAUUGAUUCCAUCAACUGUGUGCGGUCAACAUGGUACAUGUAUUAGUCAAGGUGAAGGAAGAUAUACAUGUGUUUGUGAUGCAGGCUAUACAGGAGCUUACUGCCAUGAAAAUAUAAAUGAUUGUGAACAUAACGAGUGCGAUAAUUUGUCUACCUGUGUUGAUGGGCUUAAUUCAUAUACAUGUAUAUGUGCUGAAGGAUGGCAAGGAACAUACUGUACUAUUGAUAAAAAUGAGUGUGAACACAAUCCCUGCAGAAACAAUGGUACUUGUCUUGAUUUAGUUGCUGAUUUCCAAUGUAUUUGUCAGAAUGAAUGGAAAGGCAAGACUUGUAAUUCAAAAACUUCCCAUUGUGAAGUUAGUACGUGCAGGAAUGGUGGUACAUGUCUUGACCAUGGUGAUACAUUUGCAUGUAAUUGCCCUACAGGAUGGGCUGGAAACACAUGUCAUUUAGCUACCAAUACUAGUUGUGAAUAUGUACAUUGUCGCAAUGGAGGUACAUGUAUCAAUAGUGGUGACUCGUAUAUAUGCAUCUGUAAGGAAGGAUUUGAGGGAUUUAAUUGUCAAACAAAUAUUGAUGAUUGUAGAAAUAAUCCUUGUUAUAAUGGUGGACGAUGUAUUGAUGGUGUCAACUGGUAUCUUUGCGAUUGUGCAGCAGGUUUUACUGGACCAGACUGUAGGAUUAAUAUUAAUGACUGUUCUUCAUAUCCUUGUUCAUAUGGUAGUACCUGUAUAGAUGGAAUUCAUUCAUAUUCAUGUAUAUGCCCCCCUGGAAGAACUGGACAAACAUGCUCUACAG